UGUAAAACAAGAAGAAGCAUUUUCUCUCUUCGUUGUUGUUUGUUGUAUAUUUUUUAAGUUGAUUUUUUGCAAAAAUACAGAAAACAAUUUAUUAACUAUUAAAUUAAGCUGAAAAAUAUUAAUUUAAAUUAGUUAAUUAAGUUCCAGAAAAGACAAGUAGCUAUGGAGCUACAAUUAAACAAGGUUGUAAAUUGGUGUUUAAUCAUUUACAUUUUGUUGCAAACAAAGACAAUUGAAGUAUCCUGCAAACGUUUACAUGAGAAAAUCUAUGAAUCCUUUUUUGGCGGCACCUGUUUUCGACGUUUAAAUGGCACCCACCAAACAGGCUGUUCUUCCGCUGAAUCCGGCUCUGUGGGAGCUUUACAUUAUGUUUACGACAACAAACAAUUAGAGUUUCUAUUAAAUUCCCCACCGGCACCACCUUAUGCCGCCAUCCUAGGUUCCGAUUACUUCAAUCGUGAGAAUAUGAUGCGCCUAAAGCAUGAGGGGGGUCGUAAUAUUUCCGCCGUUCUAGUGUUAAACAUGUUCGAUAACUUUACCAGUGAUGGUGUGGGUUUUUCUCAUGAACUAAAGUGUCCUAAUCAAUAUAGUGGCAUUUUGUUGCCCAAUUCCCAAGAAACUGCCACUUGUUCUGCACAAAGAGCCGAAGAUUCUUGGAAUCCUUGGGGUUCUGGUUUGCUACAUGAGGAUUUUCCAUUUCCUAUUAUCAUUAUACCCAAUAAUGAUACAGUGGUCAAGUUAAUCGAAUGUUUUACCAAAUUCAAUAGUUUCGAUUAUGAAACACAACAUUUACGUAGUCUAUGUGCUGUAGAAAUAAAAAGUUUUAUGAGUGCCGCUGUUAGUACUGAGGUAUGUUGGCGUCGUACUAAUUUUAUUAAUAAUUUGGCACAGACACGUUACUGUGAUCCCUUGGAGGGUAAAAAUAUCUACGCUACUUUAUUUCCGCGUCCAAUUGUCAGCGAAAAUGAGGUGAGCAAUGUUAAUACAAAGGAGAAAUUUAUAUUGGUUACAACGCGUAUGGAUACGACGGGAAUGUUUGAAGGUGUUUAUGGUGUUGGUGCCAAGGACUCUUUAACCGGUUACACCAUACUUGUUAGCGUGGCCCAUACGCUAUCGCGUCUUCUAACAGAUAAAUCACUACUAAAAGAUAGCAAUCUCAAUAUACUCUUUGUCAUCUUUAAUGGGGAAUCCUACGAUUACAUUGGCUCUCAAAGAUUUGUAUACGAUUUGGAGAAUAAAGAUUUUCCCAAGGCCACCACCUAUACCACACCCAUUACUUUUGAUAAUAUAGAAUUUGUUUUGGAUUUAGGAACAUUCGAUGAAAUGUCAAGCAUUAAAUUACACACUAUAAGUGAAUUUCCUUAUGCCAAAAUGAUACUACGCAAAUUACAGCACUAUGCCACCACACCGAAAUAUGAUUUCAAUAUAAAUUUCGAAAAUUCUAUAGGCUAUCAAAUGCCACCUACAUCGGCUCAAUCAUUUUUGAGAAAAAAUCUUUCCUUUCCGGCAGCCAUCUUAAAUGCACCACCCACUAAUCGUUUCUAUCAUUCGGUCUAUGAUGAUGGUGUAAAUUUGAAAUAUAAUUACACGAAUACUUCACUGGAUUAUACGCAAUUAAUGGGUAGAGAAGAUGCUUUAAAAUAUUUCAAAACCGAUGAUAUACAAAUGAAAAUACGUAAUGUAUCGGCAAUUAUAGCCAUGGCCUUGUAUGAAACUUUGACGGGGAAAGAGUAUGUAGACGAUAAAUUUCCCAGUCCAGUAUUGAUUGAUGAAAUACUUUAUUGUUUUGUUAAAUCACAAAAUUGUCCAUUAUUUUUUGCGGCCUCUAAGCCGAAUAGUUUUAAAAAGUUGCCUUUAAUAGCACCAAAUCGUUACAUUAGUGUCAAUCGUGAUAGUCAGGAAGCCACUAUUUGGACUUAUCGCAUAAUGGGCUAUUUAUUGUCACAAAAACUUCCUAAUGUAGCCAAAGAAAAUUGCACCUAUUUACCCAGAUACUGGUUUGCUGGCUUUAAUAAACUGGGAGAAUGUGGUAUAACCACACAAAAUUAUUCUUUAGCUUUAAGUCCAGCAUUUAUAAUAGAAGAUUACAAUUGGACUUCGGGUGAAUACUCCACCUGGUCCGAAUCCACUUGGAGUUCUUUAAGUUCUCGUUUAUUUUUACGUCCUUCACGUAUUCAUGAAAUUGUAACAUUAACCAUUGGUUUUGUGGUGUUAAUCUUUUCGUUUUGUUUGGUUUAUAUUAUAAGUACAAGAUCAGAAGUUCUAUUCGAAGAUCCUGGACCGAAUGCUAGUACUGAUGCGUUAACCCCACCUACGGCUUGUUAAUGCCUUAAACAAUUAAAGAACACAAUACACACUGCACUACAA